AUGCAACUUGACAGUUAUUCUCUUUUAAUAGUUUCCCGCUUUCUAAUGAGCGCACAAGACUACAUCAAUGUCAUUUCCGUAUGUCACAAAUUUGGAGAAACCCUUGACAAAUUACACUACAACCCCCUUCCCAUAACAUUUGUGACAUCAAGACUCUUUCCUAAUAUCGAGACACAACAUCUGUACACAAAGUCGGAUAUCA